AUGAAGGCCGCUGAGGAAAGCCCUCCAGAGACCCAAAGCCUGGCACAGAGCCCCUCAAUCUCUUUGAGAACUACCGCAGGUACAGACAAAGUUCAGGUCUCCCCAGACAACAAGAGGAGGAAGAAAGAGUACCUGCCCCCCGAGUCCAUCAAGAUUCUCCAUGACUGGCUGUACGAGCACCGGUUUAGCACCUACCCUUCAAGGGUAGAGAAGCGAAUGCUGUCCGUGCAGACCAAUCUGUUCUUCCUGCAGAUCUCUAGUUGGUUCAUCAAUGCCCGCAGACGCGUUCUUCCGGAUAUGCUUCUGCAGGAUGGAAACGACCCCAACCAGACUACCGCACAUCACCAAAAAGACAAGGCCACUUAUGUAGCCCAGUUGCUGAGCAGCACUCAGUCUGUGCAGGGCAAGUCAGGGCACAGACAUCCAGACAAUGUGCAGUGCCCCAGCCUGUUCCUGCCAGUGGGCCAGGAGUCAGGAGAGAAGCUACCAGACCCAGAGUUGGCUCCAUGCCAGAAGAUCACUCUGAAGGUCCAGCCAAAGAAAAAAGUCAGGAUUUCCGGCAGUGGGCCCUUGUCUUCUCCAGAAUUGGUGUCGCCAGAGGAGUACAAGUAGUUCAGCAGCUUCAUCUGCUUGCUGGUCGAUGCAGCUAUACAAAAGGCUACUGAACUAGAGCUACAGAAGAAAGAGCUCAAUCCAUAA